CAUUGCAUACACACCCUGUAUUUAGACAAGCAAUAUGCUGAUUCACUGCUUCUAUCUAUGAGCAUGGACCAUUCAGUUUCUGAGUAAUCAAUGAGAGUUCACUUUGACGUUACUUCACUGACUUCUUCGCUUUUCUGUUUCUAUUGAGUAUUUUUUCUACGGAUCAUGGAAACGGAGUCUGGACUCAAUACCUCAGGGGAGGCCAUUCCCUAUGGAGGAAAGAGUGCCUUUACACAAUUUGAGCACAACAUAGUGGCUGGAUAUCUUAUUACUGCAGGUGUCGUCAGUUUAGCCAGUAAUAUUGUGGUGCUGCUGAUGUUUGUGAAGUUUAAAGAACUGCGCAAUGCCACCAACGCCAUCAUCAUUAACCUAGCAUUUACUGAUAUUGGAGUGGCUGGCAUUGGAUACCCUAUGUCUGCAGCAUCUGACCUCCAUGGCAGCUGGAAAUUUGGUUACACAGGUUGUCAGAUCUAUGCAGCCCUCAACAUAUUUUUUGGGAUGGCUAGUAUUGGACUAUUGACUGUGGUGGCCAUUGAUCGCUACCUAUCCAUCUGCAGACCUGACAUAGGGCAGAAAAUGACCACCCGAUCAUACACUCUCCUCAUCUUGGCGGCAUGGUUGAAUGCUGUCUUCUGGUCAGCCAUGCCAAUCGUUGGCUGGGCAGGCUAUGCCCCAGACCCUACUGGAGCCACCUGCACCAUCGAUUGGAGAAACAAUGAUGCCUCAUUCAUCUCUUACACCAUGGCUGUGAUCUGUGUGAACUUCAUCAUCCCCCUGUCAGUCAUGUUCUAUUGCUACUACAGUGUGUCUGUCACUAUGAAGAGGUACAAAGCCAGCAACUGCUUAGAUACCAUCAACAUGGACUGGUCAGAUCAGAUGGAUGUGACAAAGAUGUCGAUUCUGAUGAUUGUAAUGUUCCUGGUGGCGUGGUCACCAUACUCUAUUGUGUGCCUCUGGGCAUCUUUCGGAGACCCCAAAAAGAUACCAGCACCCAUGGCCAUAAUUGCUCCUCUCUUCGCUAAAUCCUCUACGUUUUAUAAUCCAUGCAUCUAUGUCAUCGCCAACAAAAAGUUCAGAAGGGCCAUCACAGGAAUGCUCCGAUGUCAAACCAGGCAAAGAAUCACAAUCAACAAUCAAGUCCCUAUGACAAUAUCCCAGCUCCCUUUGACCCAAUGAUGAAAGAUUAUUUCAACUGGAGACAUUGUGCCCCAUAUAUAUUGAUGCCAUUGAUAGAAAAAUCAAGAACAAUUACUGAGGACAGGAGCAGUGUUACUAUAUGUCGAAAGUAUGUAACUCUUUUAAUCUUUUCCUUCAUGAGAACUGAUGUGAAACGACCUUGACAGUACCUAGACCAGUGGUUGUAACAGAACACACAGUUAUGGACAAAAUAUUUGAUACCACCUUUCCAUGUUUUAAAAUGCCUGCAAUUAAGUUGAAAUGUACAGAUGUGUUUAGGUUUUUAGCAAUUCUUAUACAAACACUGUUCAGAGAACCUGUGUUAUUAUUCUGAACUGAAUAGACCAUUUUAAAAUAAGAAAAGAAAAAAGAAAUACCAUUGCCAAAAUUAUACAAUAAACAUAACAUUUGGUGCAAAUACUGCAUAUAUAUAUACACAUAUACACAAAUAAUCAAUGUUUCUUAUUGCCUUGUAUGAGCUUCCUGAAAUUCUCUAUUAAUAGUAUUAAUAGCCCACUUUUGUGCAAACUGCCGAUGAAGGGUGCAUUUUCACAAUUGUUGUUUUCAGUCUCUCCACAGGUUUUUAUGGUUUUAGAUCUGGACUUGCUGGCCACUUCAAUCCAGAAUUAUGAUGAACCCAUUCCAGGAAGACUGACCACAGUACCAUUGGCUUCAUCACAUAUUAUUUACACAUAAUAUUAGUAUGGACAUGGUGACAUCAAUGUCUCUAAAUGUCUCAAGAUGUAGCCUUGAGAUUGUUAAUGCUUAGAACAUUUUAUGGCUUUCUUUUCUCCUUGCUCAUUGCAGUAAACAUGUUGACACCAGACAGGAUAAGGGGUUGUUUUGUCUAUUCAAACUGGUGGAAUAAGUAAUUAUUAUAUUUCAGACACCUUUAAUUACAGGUUUAGUCAAAGUAAAGGAGGAUUAUGGAUUGCUUGAAAUCAAAUGAUCUCCAAUUACUUUUUAAGAGGUGUGUGGAAUAAGCUAAGAUUGAAUAAAUCGUUCAGCUUUUUAUGCUUGUGAGGAUGCUGGAGAGCAUCACCCUUACUAAGGUCAACUUCCUGGGGGCAUGUUUUCACGGAGGUGAAAAUGUGAGCACUCGGGCAAAGAUCUCAGUUAUCUUAUUAGGCUGAACCAAGAGGUCCAGGAAGAGAGGGGAGUGGGAGAAAGAAAUGGAGCUGCCAUCAUAGACCGCUGUGAAGUAGACAUUAAAAAAUGGCAGGUUUGUGCGGGCUGUCCCUUUUUCGCAUUUCUCACUGACCAAUCAGUUGUCUGCAGGCUUUUCUCGUCACCUUUUG